AUGACAGAAAUCAGUUUCCAGCCCAGGAUUGCUUGGAAUUAUGCAAAGACUUGGCUGCUGUUCGACAUCAUCGUUGUGAGCAUUGAUUGGAUCAUUCUGUUUCUUGCAGCUGACAGCGAUGCGCAAGGGGUUCACCGCCUCUCCAAAACUGUGCGCUUGCUUCGUUUCCUGCGCAUGGUGCGUAUCCUGCGCCUGGCCAAGAUCAGCCGAAUGUCAGAGGCAGUGCAGGAACAGAUCCAAUCCCAGGCGGCGAAUAUUCACUACAGCCUGUUCAAGAGCAUUUUCCGGCUACUACUUCUGACUCAUCUUCUAGCUUGCUCGUGGUAUGGCAUUGGACGACUAAGCGGUGAAGAGUGGGGCGAUCACAGCUGGGUCAAGGAGAUCGAUUUGACUGGACGGACUUUGGGAUACCAGUACACUACUUGCUACCACUGGGCCUUCUGCCAGAUGGGUGUGGGUGGUAUUGCCAUCUAUCCGACCAACACCUACGAGCGAUCCUUUGGCAUUUUUGCAGCUUUUGUCGCUCUGAUGACGUUCUCCACGCUUGUGAGUAAGAUGACUUCGCUGAUGUCAAGCUUAAACAAGUUGAAAGAUGAGGAGACAGAACAAUUUCGACUUCUCCGUCGUUAUCUCAUUUACAACGACAUCCCACUACACCUCAGUCAGCGCAUUGUCCGCUUCCUCCAACAUGGGUAUCGGAUUCGCAACGAGGCACUCUCGGCUGGGAGCCAUUUGCCCAUCCUGGACCUGCUCUCGCAAUCACUUCGAGGUGAGCUGCAGCUCGAACGCCAUCGCAACUGUUUGAUUGAGAUGCAGUUCAUUCAGCAGCUCCCACCUGAGAAUCGACAGACCAUUCAAGUGAUGCAAAAGCUAGCCGUGAAUGCCUUGGGGGACACCGUGGUCGCUCAUGAUGAUGUGCUCUUUGGUGCGGGCGAUUCCGCUGAAGCUGCAUACUUUGUUCAGAGCGGUCGGCUGAACUAUCACUGGGGGGAAGAAGACGAUAGUGAUGGAGGGAUACCUGUGAGUCGAAACGUUUGGAUCGCCGAAAUGGCCUUGUGGACUCCAUGGACCCACCUGGGAGAUCUCGUCUCAGAGGACGUCAGUCGCCUGGUCGUUCUGCACGUGGAGCAAUUCUGCAAAUGCGUUCGUGAGAGUGGUGAGUGUCAACCUGCAGCUGUGGCCUAUGCGAAGGACUACGUGGAUGAGCUAAAGAGCAGAAAUAGCAACAUGAACGACCUCUUCAUCUCGCGUCGGGACAAGCAACCGGCCCGCGUGUCCCGACAAGCCUCGAUGCACUCGGCAAUGGCGGAUGGUUCUUUUGGUUGCUGCCGUGGCUUCUGGAGAACUCCGAAGACGAAGACCAAUGUACUUCCAAUGGAUGGCUGA